AUGGCCCCCCUGGCUCAGACCCUGGCACUGCUGGCAAUGGCCAUGGCCACCACGGCUGUCGAUGUGUACCCUCUGGACAUGGCCCCAGACUCCUUUGAUGACCAGUACCAGGGCUGUGGCCCUGCCAUGAAGGCGGCAUUGCCAGCCCUCAACAACUCCGAGUUUGAGCAGAAUGAGAAGUUUGCCGAGGUUUGGGUAAAGGCUGCAGCCGAGUGGCAGAGUCGGGGCACCCCUGUGUCCCCUCUAUCCCCAGACCAGGCCAUCGCUAUCAUGGCCUUCACAAUGGAUGGCCUGUCCAGCAUGUUCAAUGACGCUGUGCGUGUGGCCGGGCAUUCCCACCAGGAAUACCGGGACAACUUCCACUUCAAAACACUGCAUUUCCUGCUGACCGAUGCCCUGGCCACGCUGAGGGAUGCUCAGAAAGGGCAGUGUCGGGACGCAUUCCUGAAGGUGUGUGACACCCGGUUUGAGGCACAGCGUGGUGACACCAUCCGGUCCGGUCUAUUCGUGCCAAUGUUCCUGAGCAAACCAACUGGCGAGUGCCCUGGUGAGACAAUGCUAGAGGUGCACACAUGCCAUGGCGUGGAAAUCCAGUUUUUCACCGAACACCCCGAAGAGAAGGUGGUGCUGAUCCCACCGUUUGAGACCUUCAAGGUCACCCAAUACAUCCAGCAAGGGGACAAGACACAGAUCCAGCUCCAGUCCACCGGGACCUACAGCAAAUACAACUGCGAAUGGUUGCAAGGUGACAUUGCAGGGGACAGCCUGGGGGAAUGGGUUAGAGUGUCCACAGGGCUCCUUUCCACCUGGGAGGACUCCUCCUGA